AUGAAGAAGCAUGAGCGUGAACGGGAGCGGGAGCGAGAUCGCUCGCUACCAAGAAAUGUCAUAAUCGUCGGCGGAUCACUAUCCGGACUGAUGCAUGGCAUAAUGCUCCACCGUCUCGGAAAUACAGUCCGGAUUUUCGAGCAGUCGCUUACCCAUACGCCUGCCUCUCAUAUGGCCGGGGUAUGUCUCGGCCUCGACGUGCAGCAUUUUCUAAAGCGCUUCGACCUCAUCCCAGAGCGCCCCUUAGGUAUUCAAAGUGUUCAAUUGCAGUCGCUGGAUGAAAAUGGCCAGGCCAAUCCUUUCCUUCCGGUAAACCGCAUCAUGUCUUCUUGGGAUGCGCUCUAUUUCCGCCUCAGAGCUAAUUUCGACAUGCGGUCGAGCGAAUACGUUCCGCAUCCGCCGGAACUAGACUCUCUCGCAGGCGAGGGUGCAGAGAGCGCUCGAGCAAGAGCACGAUAUGAAGUAGGGAAGCAGGUUACAGGCGUAGAACAGUUAAAGACGGGCCAAAUAGCGGUUCGUUAUAAGGACCAUGAGGACGGUGGGAAGGAAGCGCAGGCGCUAGCAGACUUAGUCCUUGGUGCUGAUGGACCAAACUCGAUAGUUCGCAAGAGCCUGUUGGAGCCAGGUCAGGCAGACAGGAAAUACACGGGGUAUGUGGCAUGGCGAGGUGUAGUUUCGGAAGAGCAGGUUAGCGAGGAGACUCGAGAAGUCUUUGGAGCCAACAUCACUUAUUCGAUAUUAAAGGAGGGUGUCGGGCACGUCAUAGUCUACUACAUCCCAGGAAAAGGCGGUUCCAUCGAGCCUGGCAAGCGGCUCUUGAACUUCUGCUGGUAUACGAACGUCACAGGCUCCCCCUUGGAUUCGACCAUGACCGACAUUGAUGGUACACGGCAUCAUACCAAACUACCCGCUGGACAGGCCCGGCCCGAGGUUUGGGAGGCCCAGAAGGCGAAAGCUAGCACGCUAUUUGCCUCUCCGUAUUUAGACAUCAUCGAAAACAUCAAAUUACCCUUCGUGCAUCUCAUCACGGAUUACUGUUCUCCACGCGCCUCCUUUGCCGGAGGUAAAGUCCUGCUGGUCGGUGACGCGCUCACCCUGCUGCGCCCGCACACUGCUUCUUCUACGAGCCAAGCAGCGUACCAUGCCCUCCUGACGGAGGAACUCGUAACUGGAAGGCUGACCCGGGAGGAAUGGGAGUACAAGGUCACGACCGUUGCAUACCUGCAGUGGAGACGAAGUGCGUGGUUUGGAGAAUAUUUUCAGCGGCCCCUUUACCGUUCGAUCGGGUCGGGUAUUCUCUUCUGGGCCGCCGCUGCCUUGGCGAAGAUGAGGAGUUGGAUGGGUUGGUUGCCACCGCAAGAGGUUUAA